CCACCCCACUCUGGGGCCAGCCAGAAGGUGGUAUUUGCCGGUUCUCCGAACUACUCAAAAUUUCCGCUACCGGUUCGCCAGAACCUGCUGGAUUUCACCCCUGCUUUAACUCUAAAGUCUGGUAAACUCUGGUAAGGUAAAAAACAUGGAAUAAAAGAGAUUUAAGUUACCUAAGAGCUCCAUCUGCUGUCUCUUUUUUGUUUUUUCCUCCUGUCCAGACUUCAUCUUCUGCGUCCAGUGUGUUUGUUCAUUUCUGGAAGAGCUUUUAUACGCCACCAGCUAGUUUCCUUGGCAGCUACUACAUUGCCAUAAUUUCUAGAUGCUUUUAAAUAACAUUUAUGCAGAAAGAGCAUCAUUACUGUCCUCAGUCCAUAGGGUUUUUCCCCCUCUUUUUCUCUGCUUUUUUAUGAAGUCCAUACACAGUCCUAGGCUGCAUCAACGGAAGAAUACAAUCAAGAUCAGUUGAGGUGUUAGUACCACUUUAUAAUGCCUUGAUAAAAACCGCACUUGGAACAUUCCAUCCAAUUUCUGAUCACCGUGCUACAAAAAAGUCGAAACUUUAGAAAGAGUUGAGAGAAAAACAGCAAAGACGAUGAGGGGACUGGAGGCUAAGCAUACGACGAAUGGUUGUGGGAACUGGAUCGAUCACUUUGGUUUUGCUGAAGACCGCACCUUCAAGCAGCGCUACCUCAUCGCGGAUCAGCAUUGGAAGAAAGACGCCGGCUCAAUCCUUUUCUACACCGGCAAUGAAGGGGACAUCGCCUGGUUUGCAAAUAAUACGGGUUUCAUGUGGAAUAUGGCUGAAGAAUUGGAUGCCAUCCUGGUUUUUGCCGAACACAGAUACUACGGGGAAUCGUUGCCGUUCGGAAAUAAGUCAUACGCCGAUGCGAAGCACCUGAAUUACUUGACUUCGCAGCAGGCUCUGGCUGAUUUUGCGGUACUUAUCCAGCACUUGAAAAAUACGAUUCCUGGAACGCGGAAUACUCCAGUGAUAGCUAUAGGAGGGUCUUACGGAGGAAUGCUCGCUGCCUGGUUCCGAAUGAAGUAUCCCCACAUAGUAAUUGGAGCUCUGGCCGCAUCGGCUCCCAUUUGGCAGUUUGACAGCUUGGUUCCCUGUGGUUCCUUUUAUAAGAUAGUGACUGAAGAUUUCAAAAAAAGCGGGGUUGGCUGUUCGGAAACCAUCCGAAAUUCCUGGGCGGCCAUUAAACGUAUUGCUGACACAGAGAAAGGUUUACAGUGGCUUUCCCACACAUUUCGUUUGUGCAGACCCUUGAAAACCACAACAGAUGUCAUCAACUUCAGAGAAUGGCUAAGUGGGACAUGGAUUUACGUGGCCAUGGUAGACUAUCCGUAUGAAGCCGCCUUCUUACAGCCUCUCCCUGCCUGGCCUGUUAAGGUUAUCUGCAAAUACCUGAAAAACCCCAAACAGCCAGACAAGUUGUUGCUGCAGAAUAUUUUCCAGGCUGUAAACAUCUACUACAAUUACACGGGACAUGCAUCCUGCUUGAACUUAACUCGGACUGCUACUAAAAAUCUGGGCCUCAAGGGCUGGUCCUAUCAGGCUUGCACAGAGAUGGUGAUGCCCAUGUGUUCCGAUGGUAUCAACGAUAUGUUUGAGCCACAGAAAUGGGACUUCCAUUCUUACUCCGAGAGCUGUUUCAAAGCCUGGGGGGUACGACCCCGCCCUUCCUUGAUUCCCACCAUUUACGGCGGGAAAAACAUCAGUGGUCACAGUAACAUCAUUUUCAGCAACGGAGGGCUCGAUCCUUGGUCCGGAGGUGGCGUGACAAAGAACGUCACCGACACGCUCGUGGCCAUCAUGAUCCCGGAAGGAGCUCAUCAUCUGGAUCUGCGUGCCAACAGCCCCUCUGACCCAAUCUCCGUUCGGCAGGCUCGCCUCUUGGAAGUCCAUUACAUGAAGUUGUGGUUACAGAAGCACCAGAGAGUUAAAAAAUGCCCGAAGUAACUGGAUAAUAGUUGUGGGGUUGUGUAGCAACGGUUAUCCUUUGGUUGAUCGUCUCCUUUCUGGAUUGUCUCUUCUUCAUCUUGUGUUGUGACCGAGGCCCCAAGUAGUGAUUACCAAACACAAUUCAGGCCUGAACAAACUUAUUUUAUUAAAACAGCUGAGAAUUAAUUCAUUCUCAGCUUAGUCCAAAACAAACUCUUUCUAAACAGUCCUGCGGCCUUAUCACCAACCUUUUUUGUCUUUGGCAACCUGCCAGUGGCUUUUCUUGGCAAACCCCACCACAAAGUUCAAGAGACACUGACAAGAAGCAAUGGAAUCAACGUUGCUUUUCCACAAAGAACCCAACGGAUCCUUGCUGCUCUUUUAAGCUUUAUGGGAGUGGUCAAUCAUCUUCUGGCCUUACUCCCGAGUCGCCCUUUUUGCUUCAACAGCUCUUGCCUUCUGGCAGCUCUUCGCAUGCGUCCACUUGGAACAGGCUCCUCCUAUUCCUCUGCCUCUCUGCUGCCUCUCUGCUGCAUCGCUCCCAGAUGGACGCAAAGCCCUCGUUCUGGCCUUCCCCUGACUCCAGGACUGGCCCAUUGUCCUCCCCAGCCUCCUCACUGUCCAACUCCUCUGCCAGGUCCGCAGACUGCUGGUGGACCACAACAUCUUGCUUUUUCGGAGCAUUCUUUAACUUCUCCCGAUUCUUAAAUCAAGAUGUCUGUUUGAGACAAGCUGGAACCGACAUGGCUCAACUUCAGUUAGUGACGUCCCAUCCAUGUCUCUCAUUACAGGAAGCGAAGAAAAUUUCUUCCUGUUCUUCACUGAGCUGUAGGAGGCCCACAAUUGGGAAAGGAGAAUGCUGCUUGAUCUCCCUUGCCUUUGCCUGCUCCACUUGCUUAGCUGUUGUUAUGUCCCACCCCCACUCUGACGCACGAGUCAAGGAAGUCCGUAACAGACUUGGCAACGAAGGCUUUGCAGCUUGCCAAGUUCCUUCAAGGUUUAUCAGGGCAGGCAGGAGUCCAAGUCGUGACUUCAGCGAUAGAGUCCGAUAUCAGCAAACUAGAUAAGACUUUGCUUGACUCAAGGUUGGAAUGCCAAAAGCAGGUCCUUUAUAUAGGCUGUGGGGUGUGGCUCCAUGACUCAGCAUUUAUCCAGGCCUGCCCCACCCCUCCUUCUGCUGGCGUCGCUCUCAGAUCUCCGGAAGCAAGGAUCCUCCCACUUUGAAUUGUCUUCAGCUGGAUCUGCUGUCAGUAAUUCCAGCAUCUGGCUGGCUUCCUGCUCACAUGCUGUAUGAGUGAAGUUUAUUGGGCUUGUCCGUUCACUCCUGGAAUCCUCUCCGGGCAUGGGGCCAGGGCCAGGGGCUGGAGGCAUGACAGGCCGUUCAUCUUCAUUAUCAGACUCGGAGUCUGAUAACAGGCCCGGUUGGAGACGGGAGAGGCCCGGCUGAGGAGAGGAGGGAGGAUGAGUCACAACAGCUGUCUUUGUACGGGGAGCUGGACUCCCUACAGGUAGUCCUCGACUUACAAACCACCACGGAGCCCCAAAUUUACGUUGCUCAGCGGGAAAUUUGUUGAGCGAGUUUUCCCCCGUUUUACGACUUUUCCUAUCACAUUUCACAUUAAGUGAAUCAUAAGAGUGGUGCGGUGGCCUAGAGGUGGAGCUCUCGCCUCGCAGUCGGCAGAUAUUUCUCUCUCUCUGGGCACGAUGAGAAUAUAUCUGCUGAAUAUAACUCCGCACUGGCAACAGAAAGGCAUCCGGCCAGUAAACACCCGGCUCCAUUCAAUUGCCCAGACUCCAUUCCACAAGGGAUUAGGGGGUCGUUAAAAGAUUUCUUAAGUGAAUCACUGCACUUCUGAAACCGAUAACAUGGUUGUGAAGUGCAUCUCCCCCCCCCCAUUGACUGUGCUCUGAAAGCGGAUCACGUGACCCUGCGGCCGUCAAAAAAUGUGAGUCAGUUGCCAAGCAUCCGGAUUUUAAUCAUGUGACCAUGGGGAUGUUGCAAUACAUCAUAAGUGUGAAAAACGGUCAUAGGUCUUUUUUUUUUUUUCCCCGGGCUGUUGUAACUUCAAACGGUUACUCCAUGAACUGUUGUAAGUCGAGGCCUACCUGUAUUGUCUCAAUUUAAGGAAUUCAGGGGACCAACAGGUGGCAGGCUGGCUGAUAACUUUAGAAGGCGGCUUUAAAGAAAGAAUAGACAAAUUUGUGAAGGAACUUUUGCCCUUAAAAUACUUGAGAGAACACUUUUGCCAUCCCUCGCCAUUGGCUUGGAAGGCGUUCUACUUGAAUAGAUCCUCCUCUUGAUCUUGGCUGUUUACUUUGAAAUCUAGUCACCGAGAAAGCACUAUUACAGCAGAAGACUCGUGUCUCUGCGUAAUGUUUGGUUGGAAGGAUUGAUCCCAAAGGUGCUUUUUUUCAGGAGGCAACUGGACUUUCUUGUUUGUUUGUUUUUUCCUUUGAAGACGUUUCGCUUCUCAUCCAGGAAGCUUCUUCAGUUCUGACUGGAUGGUAAGGAAUGGAAGGAUUUAUACUCCUUGCAGACGGCUGGUCAUUUGCAUCCUUUUUAGAGAGUCGUUGAGGCUACUUGGAUGUUCACCUGAGUAGUGCUCAUGGUUCCUGUAGUCUGCAAUUUUUUUUUUUUCUGGAAAUCCGUUCAUACCCCCCACACCAGAAAUGAAAUGUAAAAUUUGUUACUACCGGUUCUGUGGGCGUGGCUUGGUGGGGGAGGUAAUGUGACUGGGUGGGUGUGGCCAAUUUUUUUUUUCCUUUUAAGAGCAUUUUUUCUACAACCUCUUCAGCUGAAGAGGUUAUAGAAAAAAUGCUUUUAAAAGUCUCCGAUGAUCUCAGCUGAGCCACGCGAUCAUCAGGCUUUUUUCUUUUAACUUUUAAAAGCAUUUUUUCGGCUGAAGAAAAAAAAUGCUUUUAAAAAUAACCAAAAAAAAAAAAGCCUCUGAUGAUCGAGUGGCUCAGCUGGGCAAGGGGGGGGGGAGGGAUUUUUGCUACCGUUUCUCUGAACCACCCACCACCAUCGCUACCGGAUCGGACAAACCGAUCCGAACCCCUGCCCUACACCAUUCAAAGGGUGUUCAUCCCAAAUUUGUUGUUGUUGUUAGUUGCAGAGUCGUGUCCAACCCAUCGCGACCCCAUGGACAACGUUCCUCCAGGCCUUCCUAUCCUCUACCAUCCUCUGGAGUCCAUUUAAGCUCACACCUACUGCUUCAGUGACUCCAUCCAGCCACCUCGUUCUCUGUCGUCCCCUUCUUCUUUUGCCCUCAAUCGUUCCCAGCAUUAGGCUCUUCUCUAGGGAGUCCUUCCUUCUCCUUAGGUGGCCAAAGGAUUUCAGUUUCUUCUUUCAGGAUCUGGCCUUCUAAAGAGCUCAUCCCAAAUUGCAUAGCUUAAAAAAAACAGAUUUCCAGGGGGGAAAAAAUUGCAGACUACAAGAACCAUUUGCACCACUCAGGUGACCCUGAGGACACAUAUAAACCUCCAAAUGGCCUCAACGACUCUCUAAAAGGAUGCAAAUGACCAGCCGUCUGCAAGGAGUAUAAAUCCUUCCAUUCCCCACCAUCCAGUCAGAGCUGAAGAAGCUUCUUGGGUGAUGUUCUGUCCCCCCCCCCACCUCACUGAAGAAAACACAUGUGCUGAAGAACGUCUGCCAGCAAUUUAUUUAUGUUGGUCUGGUUUCCUUUGGCGGAGGAAAGUUCCGGCAGCUAUUCCCCGAGUGCCUGCCAAGUUCUUAUCAAGAGUCAGCGUGUUUACAGUCCGUUGCCGGAGCAACAAGGAAUCUAAAGAAUGGUCAAGAGUUACUUAUGAAAAUCCAAGCCUUAAAUCCAAAAACUGUCUGAAGUUCACACGAUGCAGUUCACCCUUAGUAGCUUUUUUCCGUCACAAGGGCCAGAUGGCAACCCCACCCGCUUUUAUCCCCUGUGGGGUGUGGCUCAGUGACUCAGCACUCUCUGGGCCUGCCACACCUCUUCCUCUGCUGCGCACGCCUCUCUUGCUGACGCUGCCUAGGGUCCUCCUCGUCCUCAAACUGUGGGGGCUUCGACACGCCUUCUUCCUGGCUUUCCGCCAGCACUUGAGGCGUUGCCAGGAAGGAGGGACCUGGAGAGGGAGGCCUUGUCGGCUCCUCUCCCUCACUCUCCGAGUCAUCCUCCUCCAUGAGGACAGGCUCGGGAGCCGGAGUCACAACAGGUGAGAAGGGAAAUGUCUUCAAGGAAAAACCAGAAAGUCCAGUUGCCUCCUGAAAAAGCACCUUUGAGAUAACCAUGACCUGGAUAGGACGGAGAAUCGCUACAGAGUUUUACAAGGACGACGCUAAACAAGAUGCGUCUGUGCCCAGCUUACGCCACUUAUGUGGGAGCGUCAUCACUUGAGAUUUUCAAGAAAAGAUUGGGCUGCCAUUUGUCAGAAAUGGUGUAGGAUCUCCUGCUUGGAUGGGGGGGUUGGACUAGAUGACCUACAAGGUCCCUUCCAACUCUGUUAAUCUGUAAAUCUGUAACUCUGAUUACUUGUUGUUGUUGUUAGUUUGCGAAGUGGUGUCCGACCCAUCGCGACCCCAUGGACAAUGGACCAGGAAGUAAUAUGGACCAGCUAGUAAUAAGCUAAUCUAGAUCAGGGGUCUCCAACCUGGGCAACUUUUAAGACUUGAGGACUUCAACUCCCAGAAUUUCUCAGCCAGUAAAUCUGGCUGAGGAACUCUGGGAGUUGAAGUCUGCAAUUCUUAAAGUUCCCCAGGUUGGAGACCCCUGAUCUAGAAGAUAGGGAGCAUGUAAAUAAUCCUGUGCUAAUUAAGACAGUGUGGUUCUGACAGUUGAGAUAUAGGCAGUGGUGGGGUUCAAAUAAUUUAACAACCGGUUCUCUGCCCUAAUGAGUUCUUCCAAUAACCAAUUCACCAAAGUGCUCAGAAAGUUAGCAACUGGUUCUCCCGAAGUGGUGCGAACGGGCUGAAUCCCACCACUGGAUAUAGGUAGUCCUCAACUUACGACCAUAACGGAGCCCAAACUUCCUUGUGGCUAAGCGAAGCAUUUGUUAAGUGAGUUUUGCCUCGUUUUGUGACCUUUCUUGCCGCCCUUGCUAAGUGAAUCGUGGCAGUUGUUAAGGAGAGUCACUCGGUUGUUACGUGAAUCUGGCUUCCCCGUUGACUUUGCUCGUCAGUAGGUUGAGCGCCUGACCUUGGGAUGCUGCAGCCGUCAUAAAUACGAGUCAGUCGCCAAACAUCUGCAUUUUGAUCACACACCGACAUGGGGAUGCUGCAAUGGACGUAAGUGUGAGAAACGGCCGUCAGUCGCUUUUGUCAGCGCCGUUGUAACUUGGAAUGACCAUCGUAAGUCGAGGACUGCCUAUAUAUAUAUAUAUAUAUGGAAGGAAAGCGCAACAGCAAAAGAAAAGGCUUAAGUGCCCUUAUAGUUUAAAAAUCGAGGGUCGUCAUGGUAAAAAAGUUCAUGCUUUCUUAGGCUGAUUCUAUCUCUCUCUUGAUGCGGGUGAAGGAGGAGAGUGCAACUCUUGAAACUCAACAUUAAGAAAACUAAAAUCAUGGCAUCCGUCCCUUUCAA